AUGGCUUUUGAGGAUCCGCUUCGGUGCACGGAUGCUCCCGAAUCAACCCCGAGUGACGCGGGUGUCGCAGGCACAGGGAUCCUCCUAUCAUUCAUGGCCACCGCGGGCCUAGCCAUUAUCUUGUCGGCCACAGUCGUUGUCGGCGAGAUGCGAGGCAAGCCGUCGACGAUCCGGCGAAAACUCCUAAGUGGAUACAGCGACUCCCAGAUACUGCAGGGCAUUGGCAUCCAGAGUGUCGGGCUGGCCAAGAUGAAUUCGCUAGUGCCUUACCACUUCUUCUUGAUAUGGAUGCUGUCCUUGCUCUCCAUGGCAACUCACAACGCCACGCUGCUUGCGCUAGUUCGCGAUUACCGUCGCGACUGGGUGAUCCGAUGGCUACGGCAGUUUCUCAUGUUCGUCAACCUGGCUCUAUCGAGCGUCUCGGGCGUCUUCGUGCUUCAAGCUGUGUCCAAGGGCAUGGAACGCUCCACCCUGCCCAUCGCUUGUGUGUGGCAGGUCGCUGGAGACGGAGCCGCGCCCAACGCCAGCCUCUCAUACGUGGGAACCAUUGUUGUCAUUGCUGGAAACUGCUUCAUCUUCGUCUUGGCAACGUGGUAUCUUCAUAGCCGCGAGCCGCGAUUUGUCAAAUCCGUGCAACUUGCCGGACUGUCGCUUAUGGCUGCCAUCGCCGUGGGGGCCGCCAUUCGCAUCGGUCUCUUGUCCCAGGCUUUUGGCCGGCCGUCUGUCAGACUGAGCGAUCAGGGCGAAAAGGUUUGGAGUUUCGGCCAGCUCCUGUCAAUGCUCUUGCUCAUCUAUCCACUCGUCAACGUGGUAGAGAUCUAUAGGGGCGAGAUGAGCGUCGCAGGAGCGCCUGACGAUAUGAAGAGACCUUGCGUCUAUGACGGAGCGCUGCAGUCGCAUCCCCCCCUGCACAAUUCAUUCCAACCAAAUCCCUUCUUUGGAUCGCAAACAAACUUGUUUGGCAAAGGGGACGGCCGGUCGCAUGAGCGGUGA